CUCCGCGAGGUACCGGUAGUUCACGAUCGACAGAUUGGCGACCGCUGAUGUAGAUAAUUGUAAUAAUAAUAAUACCGAUCUAUGAUUUGAGGUUAUAUUAACCUUAGUAUUGCGUGAUUAAUCUUUUACUUCGAUAUGGAAAAAAAAGAAGUUGCGGCAAAUCGUGACAAAAAACCUGAGAAAGUUAAAAGCGAUAAAAUUCAAACUACAGUAUCAGAACAAAAUUCAAACAAGGAAAACGAGAAACUAAAACGAAAAUUAGAAUGGGAAAAGAGAUUAGCUGAGCAAAAAUUGAAAGGCAAAACCGAAGAAACUCAAGAUCUUAGCAAAACAAAAUUAAAGGCAAUUCGCCGGGAACGCCAAGAAGCUCAACGUCAAGCUAAAGCUGAAUAUAAAGGUGAGGUUAAAGUCCAAGAAAAACCAAAAUCCAAAAGGGAAAAAACAGAUUUACAAGUACAACAUACAAAUACUGUAACGGAAAAGCCUUUAGAGGUGAAAAAGUCAAAAGCAAAAUAUAUUCAAUUUGUUCAGCACUUGUAUCGACAGUCAAGUCCAGAGUAUUCAAAAUUUGUAAAUUACAAAGAUGUCCAUGCAGUUUUUGUACAUUUGGGGAUACAGUAUGCAGAAAAAGUAAUAUUAGGUUCCAACGCAAGAUGCUUAGCUCUUUUGUCAGCAAUGAAAUACUUAAUUAAUGAUCUUCAAACACCUCCAAAACAAGAGUUUGGCAGAUACCUGGAAUCAGUUCUUCAACAUUCUACAAAUUACUUGCAAAAUUGCAGACCUUUGUCGGUAUCUAUGACCAACGUCCUAAGGCACUUCAAGUUACAGUUGACACGUAUGGAUGCUAAUUUGACAGACAAUGCAAAGAAGGCUCAUUUACAAGAAGUUAUCGAUCUUUACAUCAAUAAUGAUAUUAAAAAAGCUUGGGAUGCAAUCUCUAUGAAAGUAAACCAAAAAAUAGUUGAUGGUGAUGUUAUUUUGAUAUUUGGGUGCUCAUCUCUAAUAAGGAAAAUACUUUUUGAAGCUCAUAAAGAUGAGAAGAAAUUUUCAGUAAUUAUUGUUGAUAGCAGGCCACUUUUAGAAGGCAGAGAAAUGCUGAGAAGGCUUGUAAGCUUUGGUAUUAAAUGUACCUACAUUUUUAUUAAUGCCAUAAGUUAUAUUAUGACAGGAGUUACCAAAGUGCUAUUGGCGGCACAUGCUUUGUUAACAAAUGGAUAUGUUAUGUCAAGAGUUGGAACUGCGCAAGUGGCUUUAGUAGCUCAGGCUUACAACAAACCAGUUUUAGUAUGUUGUGAGACAUACAAAUUUAGUGAGAUGGUACAGACACAUGCUUUUAUUUAUAACGAAAUAGAUAGUUCCACAUCUCUUUUUAAAGCAGGCACCCAGGCUCUUGAAUCGCCUUUGGCUGCUUUAAAAGAUAACCCAAAAUUAAAUGUACUUAACCUUUUAUAUGAUGUCACACCACCCGACUUGGUAACUGCAGUGGUCACCGAGUUGGCAAUACUGCCAUGCACCAGUGUGCCCGUCGUCUUGAGAAUUAAUGCAAGUGAAACUAUUCUAUAGCAUUUUAAUAAAAAAUAUAUUUUGUAUAUUUCUGUUUGUUUUACUAUUUGCCUUCGGUAAUAGUGGUAGGUAUUGACCUAUUACAUGUGAUGGACCAGAAAACUGCAAGGAAUAUUAUUCUAGGAUUUGCAAAACUUUGCUCAUAUAUUUUCAUAAAAAUGCUUUUACCAAAAUUAAUUAUUAGCUAUUAAACAAAACCAUAAAGAAUUUUUUAAUGAGCGACCCAAAAAUCUUUAAGUGCAUUUUAAACACGUUGGUCUAAAAAAAAUUAUUUUGGUUUUACUUGAAACGAUUUUUUAACUUUGCAUUAAAUCCGAUUGGUAUUUUUUACUAGGUAUUACCUAUAAAAAUUUAUAGCUCAUUAAUUCUUAUCCAA